AUGGCAGCCGUUUCAGUGUUGUUCGUCUGCCUGUCAAUAAUAAUAACUAGGGAGAGGAACAGAGGGAGAGAUGGCGGAUGGUGGGCUGACGAGACAGGUCGUUCACCCAUGGCCGAAGCCGUGUUUAGACACAUCUCGAGCAGCAAGGAGGACAAGACGGUGACCUUCUCGAAGCUGGACUCUGCCGGGACAUGCGCAGCGCAUAUCCACGACCCUCCAGACCCGCGGACGAUGUCGACUCUGAAGAAACACGGCAUCACAGACUUUACGCACGCAGCCCGUCGAGUGAAAACGUCUGACUUUACCGAAUUCGACUACAUCAUUGCCAUGGACCAGGAGAACUACGACUCGCUGAUGUACUCCCGCAGCAGGGUCAAGGGAGAGCAGCUCGCUGAGGUGAGGAUGUUUGGAGACUUUGACGCAGACAGGCUGGCGGGCAGUGACACUAGCAGUGGGGAGAGCGAGGAGGUGCCCGACCCUUACUAUGGCGGCAGAGACGGCUUUGACCGUGUCUAUGAGAUGGUCACCCGGCUGUCCCAUGGGUUUAUAGACUAUCUGGAGAAGAAGCAUGCCGCUGAUGCUGCUGCCAAUUAG